UGUUCCACCCGGCAGUGACACGGUAGGCUAUCUCCCAACCCCCAUAAACGACGAAAAGAUGAACCUUAUAAACGAGUUCAUUCAAGAUGUCCUAAUUGUUGGUCCUCCUUGUCCGGAUUCUGAGUGUGGAUAUUUCUAUUCCCUUCUCAGAGCUAAAGAACAGGUAUUGGGGGAAGGUGAAAUGCGAAUUCCUUUAUCUGAUGUUCCUAGACGGAAUGAUGGAACCAAACCUUACCUUAGUCUUUCGAGGUGCAGUCCUACGAGUUUUCCUAUGCAACAAUUAGCCUUUGAAAUUGAGAAAGCAACACCGAAAGCGAAAAACGACUGUAAACAACCAAAUACUAAACUCCCAUUCCAACUACUUGGUGUUUCACUACAGGCGACAGCUCAAAAGUUAAUUGUCAACGCCAAAGUAUUCUUUGACAGUAACCAGGUACAGUGUGAAAUACUAACAGGAAACUCUGUCACCAAAACUAGCCAGAUUCUAGGAAUUGGAGAGAGAACAGUUUAUCAGACAAUGGAGAAUUACAAAACGAAUAGUAUAAAAACACCUGGUAAGAAACGUAUUAGACCAACGCCAGUGAUGGAUCAGUUUGACGACUUCCGAACUGAGCACGUUAAACGAAUCAUUCAUCAAUUCUAUGCUAAUAAUCAAGCACCAACAAUGCAUAACGUAUACACAAAACUGAUGGAGGAAGUCAAGGAAGAAGAAGAUGGUCGGAUAGCCCGAGGAGAAACUCUUACAGCGUUCAAAUGUUCCAAGUGGACGUUAAGAAAACUCAUUAAGCAAUUAGGAUUUAGAUUCAAAACUGUUGAUAAGCGAGCAGUUAUCCUCAUGAGAUCAGACAUCGUGCAGAAGCGAUAUGAAUAUCUGUCCGUAAUGAUUAAAAAUCGUCAGUCCGAGAACCCAAAAUGUGUUGUCUACACAGAUGAAACGUGGGUCGAUAGUUAUGCUAGAACUGGAAAAGGCUGGGUUAUUAAUUCACCAAAGUCAUUUCAUGAAGCGGCUUUAUACUCCUUCCAAAACCCGAAAAUUUCUAGAGGACCACGUAUCAUUGUGAUGCAUGCAGGUGGAGAGGAUGGAUUCGUACCUGGCGCUAUGAAGGUAUAUCCAGUAUCAAAGAAGAAAGUCCAGAUGGAUUACCACGCAAACGUUAACGGUGUCGCUUACAUGGCUUGGUGGAAGGAUCUUAAUCAAAAGAUAAAAGAUAAUUAUGGUCCAUGCAUAAUUGUUAUUGAUAACGCUCCGUAUCACAGCACCAAGGAAGCCCCAAAAUCUACAUCCCGAAAACAAGAGCUAUACGACUGGCUGAAUGAUAAUUUAGAGGGCCCUGAAAAGCUGAAACUAAAACCUGUAAAGCAAAUGAGACGACCUGAAUUAUGGAAAAUGGUUCAAGACCUUAAAAACGGAAAUGAAUAUUACAUUGUGGAUAAGGAGGCAUUGAAAUAUGGAAACACUGUUGUCCGAUUACCCCCAUAUAACUGCGACUUGAACCCAAUUGAGUACGUGUGGAAAGACAUCAAGCACGCAGUUAGGGCUGCAAACACACAGGGGACCGCUGAGUUUGCACAAGCUGAGGCUGAGAGAAUUAUGACAACAUACACAAAGGAACAAUGGCAGAAACACAUCAAACAUGUGCACCGGUUCGUAAAACCAAGAUUCGCUAUUAUGGGAAUAAUUCGCAAUUUCUACAUUAUUAUUGUAAAUAGAUUGGAGGACGAGUAUUGGAAAAAUGAUGGACAUUUUGAUGACUUCCUUGAUGACUUCCAAACACGUGUAGCUUCAGCCAACCCCAUUCGAAUUACAGCAGCAGAUGAUGUGUCUGACGACGAAGAUGAGGACCCUGACGAUGUUGACGAAGUAGUUGAUAGAUUCCGAAUGCAAAUACACAAUGAUAUUGAAUACUCACAGGCUGGGGAAGAAGAAGACUUGCCUGAAGAAGAAUGUGCAACUUCUAGGAGGAGAUUAACCUUCCCACCAGAAUCAACCUAGAUUUUAACUUCAAUGGAUUCAAUACAUAAUAAAUAUUAUAAAUAGUGAAUCCGAUUUGUACAUAGUGUUAAGAAUUAUUAUUCAUUAAAUUUGUACGAAAUUUUCAAAAAUAUGCCUACCCCUCUCUACUUAACAUUCUUGCAAAACUGAAAACUUUAAAAUAAUGUCCCGUUUAGUAAAAUACAAUAAGUUAUUAUUUGACCCUUCAGGGGCCCUUAACUCUUGACCUAUACGUCACAAAAACCAAAAAAUAUUUUUCUGAUUC